AUGAUGAUAGUGUUGCUGAACCUUUUAACUGUGAUGGUUGCGGGGAAGAUUCUGAUGUAUAUGGCAAGAUCAGGUUCGUAUUUUCAUGUUCAAGAUGAAAGUGGGUCUUCUUCCUUUGUAUUGUUUGAGCGCCAUGAUCAAGGACUUCAAAAUCUCCCUGAUGAGUUCAAAAUCCUUCUCAAUAGAAAGUUUGUCUUCAAAGUUCAGAUCUCCCUCUUCAAUCUUGAAAACAACUAUCUCGCUUACACUGUGUAUAAGUUGACUGAUGAUGAAAGUGUACUUGCUAAGGUUUUCAAACGUUCACCUGCGUAUGAACAACAAAUUGUUGAUGAUGAUAGUACUUCUGUUAACAUGACAAAUAAGGAAAAGUCUGAUUCGGUCCAUGGUGAUAAUCUUGAGGUUGUUGAUCUUGAAUCUUUAACACCAUCACCCAAUGCGGGCAAACGCCCUAUCGAUAUUGUCGCAACCACCGACUCUUUAGAGUUGUCUUCUUCUAAAGCUGGUGCUGGUCCAACUGCUCUGAAGAUCCCUAAAAUGGAAAUUUUUGAGUGA